CAGCCUCUUUCCAUUAAUUUCUUGGUUUGCGGAGGAAGGAGCGGCAGCGCAGAUUUGGAGGAGAUAUUUUGGAACAUGCGAGAUAAAGGCAGGCCACAGGAGCGAUGCUGACACUGCCGUUCGAGGAGCCUCACAUGAUGUGCGAGCCGCGAUUCGGUGCCAAUUAUCCCCGAGAAAGCCUCCCCGAGAGCCUGGAGCCGGAGCAGCAGCGCAGCCGCGACAGGGCCGGCUCGGACCUGCGGGAGGCCGAAGACGACAUCUCCGACAGGGAGGAGGACGAGCGGGAGGACGAGCGGGACGAGGACGGCAUCCCCAAGAAGCGGGGCCCCCGAAAAAAGAAGCCCUGCAAGGAGCAGGUGGACAGGGCCAAGAUGCGGCGCCAGGAGGCCAACGCCCGCGAGCGCAGCCGGAUGCACGGCCUGAACGCCGCGCUGGAGAGCCUGCGCAAAGUUGUGCCGUGCUACUCCAAAACUCAGAAGCUGUCCAAGAUCGAGACGCUCAGGCUGGCCAAGAACUACAUCUGGGCCCUGUCGGAGACCCUGAGCGCGGGCAAGAGGCCGGACCUGCUCGCCUUCGUGCAGACUUUGUGCAAAGGAUUAUCUCAGCCGACGACCAACUUGGUGGCCGGAUGCUUGCAGCUGAACGCCAGAAACUUCCUCACAGACCACAACGGGGAGGUCAUGUUCUCCGGCAGGUCGCCCUACAACGCCAUGUACUCGUACCCGGGCUCGGACAUGAACGCGCCCGCCGGUCACAGCGGCGGCAGCCUGGACGGCGGCGCCAAGCCGUUCCGACCCUACGGCUACGGCGGCGCGUACGAGGCCUACUACGAGAGCCAGUCCCCGGAGGGCGCGAGCCCGCACCUCGACGGCCAGCUGAGCCCGCCCAUGAACUUCAACGGGAUUUUCUCCCUGAAGCACGACGACCCGCCGGACUACGGCAAGAGCGCGCACUACGGCGUGCGCUACUGCGGCGCGCCGGGACGCGCGGCUCUGGCGCACAACUCGGUGUACAGAGUGUCCCCGGAGGCCCGGUUCCCCUACGACCUGCACGUCCGCAGCCAGUCCUUCCAAACACAGGGGGAGGUUAAUGGAUCCUUCCACAAUUAAUAUCGACGAGCUGGACACGUUUU